UGCUUUUAAUCUGAAGGAUGUGGCCCGGAAGUGGCAUAGUUGCUACUCGUCAGGAUACAAACGGGAAGAGUAAAAGCUAAUAUAAAUAAAACACUUUGUUUGCUUGUUUGCAUUAACAAAGACAAUCCGGAACCAGCUAUUUUAAAUGUCUGUCUGAUGUGUGAUGGUCAGAGAUGAGCGUCACUUUGGAUAUAAGACUGAAAAGAGCAAACAAAGUUUACCAUGAAGGGGAAACUGUGGCUGGUGUCAUCUUGCUGGUGUGUAAGGAGGCGUUGCAGCACCACGGCAUCUCUCUGAACAUGGAGGGGCUGGUGAACCUGCAGCUGAGCUCCAAGAGUGUCGGUGUCUUCGAGGCUUUCUACAACUCAGUCAAGCCCAUCCAGCUGAUCAGCAGUAACAUCGAGGUAGCCAAGGCCGGAAAGAUUCCAGGAGGCAAGACUGAGAUCCCCUUUGAGUUCCCUCUGAACACGAAAGGCAACAAGGUGCUGUAUGAGACCUACCACGGAGUCUUCGUUAACAUCCAGUACACCCUCCGCUGUGACAUGAAGCGCUCUCUGCUGGCCAAAGACCUGAGCAGGAACUGUGAGUUCAUUGUGCACUGUCAGCCUCAGAAAGCUAAAGUUGUCCCCACGCCAGUCAACUUCACCAUCACGCCAGACACCCUGCAGAACACCCGCGAGAGGAGUGUACUGCCCAAGUUUCUAGUCCGAGGCCAUUUAGAUGCCACCAACUGUGUGAUCAGCCAGCCGCUGACUGGAGAGGUGGUGGUGGAGAACUCAGAUGUCCCCAUAAAGAGUAUUGAGCUGCAGCUUGUGCGAGUUGAGACCUGUGGUUGUGCUGAAGGUUACGCCAGAGAUGCCACAGAGAUUCAGAAUAUCCAGAUAGCUGAAGGCGAUGUCUGCCACGGGCUCCCUAUCCCCAUCUACAUGGUGUUCCCCCGGCUGUUCACCUCCCCCACACUGGAGACCACCAACUUCAAAGUCGAGUUUGAAGUCAACGUCGUCAUCGUGCUUCAUGAUGAUCACCUGAUCACAGAGAACUUCCCUCUGAAGCUGUGCAGAGUCUGAAGCCACAUCAGCACUGAGAUGCUCCCUCCAAUGGAAGACUUUCUUUAUGAUUAUGUGAAUUAAGAUAAACCGGAACGAACAUGAAUAUGAGUAUUUAAAGACAAGUUUUUGUUAAAUGUAAAAUUUUACCUUUUUUAAAGUAAUUAAAAACAAAUACAAUAUA